CAUGACAGUAUGCUGGUAAGUGUAUUUAUGGUUUGUAUGGGUGCCUGACGAUUAAUUAUAUGCUGCUGUGGGGACAAUAAAUUAUUUGUUGACUUGAGUCAUGGCUGGAACGAAUCGUUCGAAAUCUCCAUACCAUGGUCCUACUAUAAAGGCGGUGGAAAAAGAAGAGAGUUUCUGGGAUAGAUUUAGUACAUUAGGCAGAAAGAAGGUAUCGAAGGAAGUGCAAAAAAUUCAAGAUGAAGGAAAAUAUGCAAUUGAUUCUCCUGGGUCUCCUAACCAGUAUGAUAUUCCGCCAGAAGACUAUGAACUGCGGGAUCUUGAACAAAGAGCUGUUAUAGAUCCUCAGUCUCUUAAUGAUCCCGAUGUUGUUAAAUUGAAACAAGUUCUUAUUGAUUGGAUAAACGAUGAACUAGCUGAACAACGAAUAAUUGUGCAGCGUAUCGAUGAGGAUAUGUAUGACGGACAGGAAAUGAUGUAAGAGUAUUUUGAAGUAUUUCACUUCUGACAGAGCGCGAAAUGAUGAUAGUAAUAUUCUGUGAAACCCUCUUGCUUUUGCUGUUCUCGUAAUUGUUGUUGACCAUAAAGAUGAAUAUUUUGGUUAAUAUGGAUGUGGACUUAUGUAGAUUGAUAAGAAGAAAUAUGUUAUAAGGGAGGAAUGUAGAUGGAUGCAAUUUAAAUUAGUCUGGGUCUAAUUGAAAUAAUUUAGACAAUUCAAAGGGAAGAAGCCGGGAGUCAGUAGUACUGAAGUCAGUGUAAGAAAGAAAACAGUAAUUUGAAGAAGUACAACUGCAGUUAAGGCACUCAUUGGUAUUUAUACAUAACGAUUUAAUGUUAGCACGAUGGUUAACAUGCCAUGGCAGCCGGUUGAACUUUACAGUUUAUUUAAAUCGAAGCACAGAAAUAUUGCCGAAGCCGCGUUCAAAAAUAUGUUGGUUGAAGAUUCAGUUUGCAUUUUCUAUGUUUCUGUAAAUUUUUUUGUUGUAGCAUCAAUAUAGGCGUCGGUAUAUAAAAUAGGUGUUAUAGAGAUGUAUUCUGAAAACUUGUGUACUGUAGCAGAUAAUAUUAUUGUGUUUAACUCUUCACUUUAUUUUUUCACAUUCUCGAAUUCUGAUGACAAAAUAGUCCUUAUGGUUGACUAUUGAAUGUAAGUGGUAAAGCCGGUCAAGUGUCAACAGCAAAAGAGUAGCAAACUAAUAAUGUGAGAAAUCAAAAGUUUAAUGUGGAUGCAUAUGAAGCCAAAAGCAAUU